CCCGCUCUCUGCUGAUUUCCCAGGAGCCUUGUCCGAACUCUGGAAAGGAGGCCAAGGGAGAACGUUGGCCCUUUAGAGUCUCCAGUGGUGGAAGUCCCUGAAGGCCCCGGGACUGCUCUUGGCAGGAACAUGUCUAGCUCCAGGGGACCAAUCCUCUGAUUCCCCCAGGCUUCCAUCAGGGGUUCUGGAGGAGGCCUCUGGCCAGACCAGCUGUUUAUGGGGACACACAUGUCAGUGUUUCUGGAGGCCCCAGGCCCCAGCCUGCUGGCAUUCUCGCAUGGAGGUGGGGGGUGUCCCUGGACUGUGACACCUCUCGCAGGCAAACUCUGGCUGGAUGGGGUGCAGGAAACAUCGAAGUGCGACUCCCAGCCAUUGUGUAAAAGGCCCCCAGGGAAAAGGGCAUGGUCUCUAACUCAGUUUUUGAUUGUUAGAGUGAUUUUGUCUGUUGUUGGGGACAGAAGUUUGCACCGGAAGGAUCCUUCACUGCCAGCCAGAGCAAGCAGGAGACUGGCCCAGGGUCACCCAGCGGCAGCUGCGCCGAGCUGUCCUUUGGGUUCUAUGCUGCUGGCUUGUGUGGUGUGCCUGAGAGUUGGGGGGAGCCCUGCCCGAUGGCAUCACCGGGCAGUAUGGGAGGUCAGUCUUGCCUCAUUGCCUCCUUGGUGGCCUGUCUCUGGGAUUCAGGAGCUGUGAAGGGGUUAGUAGCUGGGUUGCGAGCUGGAUCUUGGAGGGCUGAACCCGAGGCAGUACCGCACCAUGGAUCGGGCCCUCUGUCAGUGUGUGUGCAGUUCUGUGCCCCGUGGGGCUGGGGGCUGGAGGGUGGAGGAGAGAUCAUGCUUGGAGGGAGGGCAGUUAGGGCCUCCCUAACGGGAGUCUGCUGGAUUUAAACCCUGAGACUUGCCAAGCAAAUGCAGAGAAACUGGUUUGAGGUGGGGAGGCUGCGGUGAGUUGUCUGGUCCCCUUCCACUGGGCCCCACUGCCCACGGGUCUCCCACCUGAGGCCGGCUGGCAGCCGGGCGGCUGUGGAUACUCGCCGGGACACUUAAGGAUUCGCCCCCUGAUUUGUCGGAGCCGUUGUCCUUAUUGCGAUUGAACAGGUGCAGAAGCGGAAGCGCUGAGAACAGGCAGGCCCCAGUCUUAUGCCGUGGGGACCUCCCCCCUUUCACACGAUCAGGUCAGCUGUGGACUGAAAGUGGCUCCAAGAAGGCGGGUGGACAUCUCUGGCUGCCCUCUUCUCCCCGAUCACUGGGUGCAGGUCAGCUGAGCACGUGCAACUCAGCCCUUAUUCCUGAGCACCUGCGGUGAGUCAGAGCCUGUACCGGGCAUCCUAGAUGGAUGGGCCCAGCCCAGCUCCCCUGGCCUUCCCAGGACUCACACCUUCUGCUGUGGAAACUGCUUUUUCUAAUGAGGCUGUUCCAAGGAAGUGAGGACGAUGUGCUGUGGGGGCUCAGAUGAAAGCGAGGGUGGAAAUGUACAGCUUCCAUUUGAGCUGGGCCUACAAGGGAGGCAUUUGAGGGCACUUAUGAGCAAAGAUUCAGAAGUGGGGAGUGGCGACCAGGUGUCCAGCGGGCGACCAGAUGGCCUGCAUGGCCCAGACCCCUGGCCUGUGGCUCUGGCCUGGCUUUAGGCAAGCAAAGGGGCGUGUGUUUGAGUGCGGUCUGGGUCAGGCCUUUCUGCACUGUAGUUUGGCCAGGGGAGCUGAUUCAGUUCCGCUCUUCCAUGUAUCUCUGAUCCUUCAGUUUGGGGACAAGGCUUUGCCAUCACUGCAGAGAAGGGGAUUCACCACCUGUGCUGACUGAGUGAUCAUCUGGCCCUCCUGCGAUUCUGACUUCAUCGGGCUGGGACUGAGCCCAGGGCAUCGGCAGUUUGUAAAGCUCUCCGGAGUGGUUCUGAUGCGCUGCUGGGGUUGAGAACCCCUGCUCUGCUCUGAUCUUCAUGCUCCAGUGGUAAAGUGAGGCCCAGAGCAGAGCAGGGUCAAGACGAUGUGGUCAGCGGCAGAUCAGAACUGGAGCCCAUCUCUGAGCGUCUAGGUCAGUGUUCUCUCUGUGCACGAGGGUUCUGCUACUGCUGCCUUGCUGGCCUGGCGUCCGUCCUGUUCCUGCUCCAGGACCCAUUCUGAUCCAAGAUGGUGCCAGGGUGGCCACAGCUGGUGGGCCCUCAUCUUAUUAGAGACUCAGGGGGUAGGCUGGGGUUGGGUCUAUGGUUUAUUGCUGGGGAGAUAGCCCUCGGGUGGUUCCUGGGUUGAGGGGAAAGCCAAUUCAUCCUGGGACCCUCUUCUUCCCCCUUAAUGUACGGCUUCCAUUUGUACAGCUCCUUCUAAUGUGAGGACAUGUUCACUAGCUUAGGGGCUUGCAGAAGAUCGAAUGGAGUUGGUUAAUUUUCUCAAAACCUAAGCUUAGGCCGGGAAUAGAAUGGACACCCACUUGUUGACUCUAUGGCAGCCCCAUGCUGGGUGCUCUGCAUUCAUGAGAUCGGUGGUCCACAACCCUGCAGAGGCUCUUUUAGUCUCCUGGAAGCAGUAUGUUGAGAUGUUUUUGGUUUUCACAACUCUGCGGGUGAAUGCUGCUGGUUUCUAUCGAGCAGAAGCAAAGAAUGCUGGUAAAUAUCCUACACUGUCCAGAAUGCCCUCUCCCCCACCAACAAAGAAUUUCUGAUCCUAAAUGCCAGUAGUGGUGAGAUUAAGAAGCCCUGAACAGACUCUUCUUGGCAGCCCUUGGAGGUGGCACCAGGGGGAGGUGGGGGGGACGAGGUUUGCACAGGAGACUCAGCUUCUAAUCCUAAAGUCUGUCUGAGUGCAAGGCCCAGGCCCCAGCCGCUGUCUUGGCCAGAUGACAAAGCCUCCACCUUCUUCCUCGGCCGCUUGGGCUCUGGUAUUCUGGGUGGAUGGGGUGGGGAGACAAGGGCUGAAGGAUCUUUGUGCCCUGUCCCUUGCUGUGGCUUUGGCAGCAGCCAGAGGGAAUGAAUCAGACUCUGGGUCUCCCAUCAUACUCUAGGAUGCUCUCUUGGGUGGAUCUUUGGGACCAUGGGCAUGGGAUAAAGGGUGGACAGAACCACACUGUGGGAAAGAAUGAGUCGCAGAGCCAGAGGAGGUGCCAAGCCAAGGGGGUAAGGGCUGUGCUGUGCCUGUGGCCGAGGACCCUCUGUGCAGAUGGAAGCCAAGGUCCUUCCUGGUCUCCAUCAAAGUGGACCUUGUCUCCCCAUGGAUGCUCAGGGUCUCCUCACGUCCUACCCAUGAGCUGCCAAAAAGGAGCUUCUGCCAGCGCUGCAGUGGAGUGGUGGUCGGGACUGGGAGGAGCCUGCCCACACCCAAAGGUGGGGACCUGGGAGACUAGGAAGGGGAAGAGACCCACCAGGGUGCAGAACAAGCUUUCUGUGACCACGCCUUAAUCGUGGGCGUCACCCCUAGGAAGCCCACUGUAAAUAAUCUCCCUGUUGCAAGAAUCUUCCUGCAAACGCCUGGGCUCCAUAGGCCUGUGCAAACAUCUCUGACUUCAGGCUGUGGCCUCGUCCUAACCCCCGUAAGGAUCCUUCAUGCCUGUUGAGGGCUUUAAAGCUCUUUACAUCAGCGUGCUUAUCCCUUCUCGGUCGGUAACAACCCCUGGUUCCAGGAUGGGGAGAAGGGGGCCAGGGGAGGCUGCCGAGCUGCCUGCCCUGGCUCCUCGCAGGUAGUCAGAGGCCAGGCGGGACCCGAAACGGAAAGCAUCCGGCUCCGUCCGCGCUCCUGUCGCGCGCGCCGCGGCUCCUGCUGCCCCGCAAGCGGCAGUGCGAGGGGCCUGGCGCCAGGAGCAGGGUGUGGUGGCGGCGAGCGGGCGAGGGCGCCUGGGCGCCUCCUGGCUCCUCGGCUGGGGGCCGGCACUUAGGAAGGAGGAGGCCUGCCGCGUUGACGGUCAUUUACCCCAUUGUGCUUUGUGGGAUAUUCAACCCAAGGAACGUGGCGCCCCUGGCCGAGCGUAAGAGGAAGCCCAAGUUCUCCAAGGAGGAGCUGGACAUUCUGGUCACCGAGGUGACCCACCACGAAGCGGUUCUCUUUGGGAGGGAGACCAUGCGGCUGUCCCAUGCCGACAGGGACAAGAUUUGGGAAGGCAUAGCUCGGAAAAUCACCUCCGUCAGCCAGGUUCCGCGCUCCGUCAAGGACAUUAAGCACAGAUGGGAUGACAUGAAACGGAGGACCAAGGACAAGCUGGCCUUCAUGCAGCAGUCCCUGUCGGGCCCCGGGGCCGGGGGCCGAGCCCCCACCAUCGUGCUCACUGCCCACGAGAGGGCAAUCGAGUCGGCGCUGCUCACGGCCCGGUCCGGGCACGGCUUCCCCAGGGCGGAACUUGACGGCACGGACAGCCCUUCCACCAGCUAUGAUGAAGACGAGGAGACCCCUGGGCCCUCGAGGCAGCCACUGCGGGUGCCCCUGCGGCCUUCACCGGAGGAAGAGGCCUGCCUGGCCAGGCCCACCCUGCUCCGUUCCUCCUCCUCCUCCGACCAGUCCGAGACGGUGGGCCCCAAGCCGGAGGCCCUGCCCCGGCCCUCGCCCCAGGCUGCCUGCAGGACCCCUCGGCCGCACCCCGGCCCGCCCAGCGCGGGCUUGGACUGGCAGCUCCUCCAUGCCCACGCCCAGCAGACUGAGGUGUUCCGGCAGUUCUGCCAGGAGCUGGUGGCCGCGCACCGGGACCUAGCAAGCAGCAUGCAGGCCAUCGGCCAGGCCAUGGCCGAGCUGAGCGGCCGCGUCAGCCAGGCAUGCCAGACGCUGAUGGAGAUCCGGGAUGGGGUCCAGGCAUCUCAGCGGGGGCCUGCCGGGGCCGCCCCCGUGGGCCCCAGCCCCCCAGCCGAGGCUCACCCGGUGGAGCCCCCAGAGGCACCCCCAGUACCAGCUCCAGCACGGACUACCAGGUCUCGGAAGAGAAAGCACAAUUUCUAAGCCGGCCAGUUUGCACUGGGAGGAAGAAAGCUGGAGGAGGGGCGUCUGGCCUUGAGACGGGGGGGCCAGUCUCUCGUGUCCAUCAUCGAUGACCUUGUAGGGUGCUGGGGGGACUGUCAUCUCCUCACUGAAUACAGGUUGGCUGCCCUGGGCUCAGCCCGACUCCCUCAUCUUUGGCAGGUGCUCAAGAUGCAGGAAAAACUGCCUGCUCAAUGCUUGCUUGUCCUGGAAGGUCAGCCUCCUCUUGGUCUGCAUCCCGCGGCAGCAGGCCUUGCAGGGAAAGGGGCUGCAAGAGCAUCUCAAUGGAAUCCUGCUCUCCAUCCUCAGGGCUGCUGUACCAGCCUCCCAGGCCCUGAUUCUGCUGCUUUCGAGGGGCUGGGGCGGGGGGCAGCGAGGCCUGCGGAUGGGCCGGCAGAGCUCAGCCCCUCCAGGAGGGGUCUGCCCUCCCCUCCCCCAGGGCUCUGAGCCCCUGCCUUGGCCUUCUGCUUGCCCUCUGUGCGUGUGUGCGUGCACGCACGCGUGUGCUCAGCUGCGGUGCUUGCCUUUUGUGGGGCGGGGAGGAGAGCCAGGUGACAUCAGAGGAAGGGGAAGACCCGACCUGGUGAUCGUAGAGCACUUUACGCUUCUCUGAGCGUGUGAGCUCGGUGGGUCCUCAGGACAGAGGGGGAGAGGCAGCCAAGUCAGGUGUUACGGUCAUCAUUACCACCAUCCUCAUCUGCAUUUCAUAGAUGACAAAUGAAACAGCAUCAUCUACUCGGGGGUGAGGGUAGAACCGGAAGUCGGACCUGUGGAUUUUUCCAGCUCCCCUGCCAGAGGCCAGAUCUAGACUUGGGAGGAGUGUUACUCCUUUCCUGCCUCUUCCAAGCCCUCUGGGUUUUGAGUGGGAGGCAACAGCAGCAUUUAGGAUGUGAGUCCACCCCACCCCCACCUACCCCUCCCUCCACCCCCCCACCCCCACCCCCCCAACCCCGACACUAAGGCUGACAGCCAGUGGCUGGGAAGAAGUAGGGUCCAAAUCUCAGGAUCUAGAAGGCAACCCCUCCCCUGGCUUCUAAAAGAACCCAGAACCCAGCAGGGCUCCUGUCCCGUUCCAGGUUCCAGCAUGCCAUGCCUCCGCUUGCUUGGGCUGCCUACGCAUUAGCUACACACAUCUCAAAGCUUCGUGUUUGGUUUUGGAGUGUGGGGAAAGAGCCGGGUUCUUCGAGUUAGGGAGGGAGUUGGGGGUCAGGGGGUGGCAGUUGCAAGCUUAGCUCUGACAUGGGUGCAGCUCAGCUCUGUGUCCUCUUUGCUCCCUGGCCUGAGGCUGCCAUAUAUCCCCAGCUGUCCAUCCUUCCACACCAGCCCCCUAGAGCCAGAGUGGGGUCUGGGAGGAUCACUGUGCCCAGUGCCCGCCAUGGCCGUUCCUGGAGUGCUGCUUCUAAACCCAGCCCGAGCUUUGCCCCGUGUUGGGAGAAUGGAGGGCGACUGCAGUGUCCUGGGCUCCUUCUCCCGUUCUGUGGUUCUUUGGGGGUUCCCGAUCCCCAGAAGUGAACACUCCCCUGUCUGACAGCCCGAUGGCUUGACUAUAUUGCCUGGCAUUGCCCCACCCUCUGAUGCUGGAAUCAAAGAUUGCCUUCCCAAGUAUUUUUGUUAAGAUGGCAAUAAAAAGAAUUGAUCUCACACUUGGAACACA